AUGAAUAUGAUUGAUUCAGAAGCUCCCAUCGCACGAUAUCUAACACCAGAUUUGGUGCAAUUGAUUUUACCUUACCUUUCGUCUCGAGAUCUAAGGAAUUUAUCCCAGACAAAUCGGUAUUUCCACAAAUUAUUAGACUUCAAGGCAUCCAAUAUUUUAUGGCAUGAGCUAUUCCACAAGGCAUUUUCGCUCUCAAUGUGCGAUGAAGAACCGUUGACGACGUCUUUGAAUCAGGGGUUUUUGGGCUGUAGUGAAGCGAUUAUGAGAACAAGAUUCGCCGAUUUGGAUUGGGCAGAAUUAUACCAGAUGCGAGCACAACGGUUCGAGUUUUAUUCUUGGGGUUGUAUUAAGCAUGCGCGAUUAGGAUUCACGCCAAAUUCUCUAGAUUCGAUUCCCGAAGGCUCUUUGAAUAGUGGUGGAAUUCGAUUACAGUUUGGGUUCAAUCGUCCAAUCAAAGUGCCUUGGCCUGAGAGUGAUAGUCCAGGCACACAAAAUUCAAUUGUACAUGUGUCUGCUGGUGGAUUUUCCUUUAAUAUCCUUACAAAAUCUGGGAAACUUUAUACUACGGGAACGACUUAUAGUGGUGGCCAUAGAGGACCAGGACCCGCUAAUGGUCAAUCAGAUUACAGUCUUUUUGCAGAAGAAGUCAGAGACGCGGAGCAAAGUUUCCGUAGGAACUUAAAUCCAAUUGCAGUCUCAGGAAAUUUGAUGCCAAUCAAUCUGACAGGGACAAUGCCUCGGGGAUUUCAAUCGCCUAGUCGCAAUUUGGAAACUCCUCACGCUGACAUAUAUGCCCAGUUAUCAGAACUUGAGAAGGCUAAUGAACUUUUGCCGGGAAAUGAUCACGUAAGGCGGCUAUUCCCCGCAGAUGCCAUAAACCUUUAUCAAAAAGAGUUUUCGGGCGGUGUGCUUGAUCUCAAUCGCUUAAACUCUGUCAAGCUCAUCUCUGUUUCAUCUGGCCGAUCCCAUAUACUCGCUUUGAGUGACGAAAACAAACUUUAUUCAUGGGACGGACCUGAGGUCGAACAUGGAGUUCGAAUCGAGUUUCACGAACUCGACGGUUCCGCUCACCGUCCAAUUAUGAAGAUUGGGUCUGGAUGGAACUAUAAUUGCGUGCUUGUUUAUGGUGUGGGUUUAUUGGUUUGGAGCAGUCGUGAACCUACGAGAAAGGGUGAUUGUUCCGCUUAUGCGAACUACAAAAUUAUUCCUGGCACGGAAAAUAUCGGAGGUGACGAAAGAAUUGUUGAUUUUGCUUGUUGCACUGAUGGAUGCGUUCUCUACAUAAACGCCAAGGGAGAGGUGCUUUAUCUGUAUGCCAACGAACACGUCACAGCUUUCAAACCUCCUGUUGAGGGUAAAAUGGUCAAGAUUGUGGGAAAAUACGAGACUCUGGUUAUCUUCACAGAACUCGGAUGCUAUUCUUUAAAAAUUCAUGCAGGCCAUGUAAUUGAGAACAGCAUUGUUGCUUUGGACACAGACGAUAUCGAGGGAAGAUUUGUCUCGAUAGCUACCGGAGACUACCACACUAUAGGUUUAACUUCACAGGGAAAAAUUUACACAUGGGGACUAGAAAGUGAACUAUGUGGGUGUCUUGGCCUUGGCUCUGGGCAAGAUAUAGUCGAGAGACGCCAACUUGGAAGAUUUGAAAGCUCUCGCAGUAUAAGAGUUACCAAGCCAGCACCUGUAGAAAUGGAUUGCAAUUAUACGUGUGUCGCGGUCAGUGCUGGCGGAUGGCAAUCGGGUGCGCUGAUUAUGAGGCAUUGA